GCGUUGUUGCGAGUGAGAAGGAUACAGUCUGUCUGGCAAGCAGGCAGAAGCAGCCAGCAGAGAGUGAGUGUCGCGAAUACGACACGGGCGACAGCGAACAGACUGCACAGAGAGGUUGCCGAGGGUAGCUGAAAGCUGGAACUUGCGGGUGCUGCUUCGCUGUCGCGCGCGCGUCCCCGUAUAAUAGUGUUCACGUCGACGGCCUUGAAUCUCCUUAACUACAAGUAUACGUAAAAAAAGAAUAAAAGCGAACCGAGUCAAGCGUACGACAAUCGUGAGUGUGCGCGAGUGUAAGAGAUACCGUGGUAGUAGUAGCAGCAACACAAGUCUCUCUCAAGCCGCCGCCGCCGUCGCAGCCGCGAGAUAAGCGAAUGUAGCUGUCUACGGUGCAGCAGCAGCAGCAGCAGCAGCAGCAGCAGCAGCAGCAGCGACGGACAAAGAACGAUAGCAGUAGCAGCAGAGCAGCAGUUAUAGUAUAACCUCAAAGCAGAGCACGAGCGAGUGUUGUUUGAUUGUUCGAGUUCAGUUGAUGGAUGAGACUGGCAGGAUGCUGCAGCACGGUGGAUCGAACGUUGGUCUGAUGGCCGGCAGUCAGGGCCAAGGUGGCCAGAAUCAGCAGGGUUACGGCGGUAUGGGUUCCGUUGACGGAUCCGCAGCUCAGCCGCCCGAUCAAGCGGUCGAAGCUAGGAAACAGGAUAUCGGAGAUAUUCUACAACAGAUCAUGAACAUCACCGAUCAAAGCCUCGACGAGGCUCAGGCGAGAAAGCACACGCUCAACUGUCACAGGAUGAAGCCGGCUUUGUUCUCAGUGCUGUGCGAGAUCAAGGAGAAGACUGUGCUGUCGCUGAGAAACACGCAGGAAGAGGAGCCACCGGAUCCGCAACUGAUGAGGCUGGAUAAUAUGCUGAUUGCCGAGGGUGUCGCUGGCCCGGAGAAGGGCGGCGGCGCCGGUGCCGCCGCGUCGGCAUCGGCUGCGGCCGCCGCUGGGCCAACUGGACAACCUGACAAUGCCAUCGAGCACUCGGACUAUCGCGCCAAGCUCGCUCAGAUCCGGCAGAUCUAUCAUCAGGAGCUCGAGAAAUACGAGCAGGCCUGCAAUGAGUUUACUACUCACGUCAUGAACUUGCUGAGGGAACAGAGCCGCACUAGACCCAUCACGCCUAAGGAAAUUGAGAGAAUGGUGCAAAUUAUCCACAAAAAAUUCUCCAGCAUUCAGAUGCAGUUGAAACAAUCGACAUGCGAGGCGGUGAUGAUAUUGAGAAGUCGAUUCCUCGAUGCUAGGCGCAAGCGAAGAAAUUUCAGCAAACAGGCUUCUGAAAUUCUGAACGAAUAUUUCUAUUCACACCUCAGUAAUCCUUAUCCGAGUGAAGAAGCAAAGGAAGAACUUGCCCGAAAGUGUGGCAUCACAGUUAGUCAGGUGUCUAACUGGUUUGGCAAUAAGAGGAUACGUUAUAAAAAGAACAUAGGCAAGGCGCAAGAGGAGGCCAAUUUGUACGCCGCUAAAAAGGCAGCCGCAGCUUUUGCAGGAGCCUCGCCGUACAGCAUGGGAGGCGCGAGCCAAGGCACCCCAACGCCAAUGAUGUCGCCAGCGCCGCCAGGUGCCCCACAAGACAUGGCGGGCUAUGGCAUGGGUAUCAAUGGAAGUGAUUAUGGCUCGCAAGGCUACAACGACGGCUCGAUGGGCUACGAUCCUAUGCACCAGAUAGGAAUGAGUUUUUUUUCGAAGUGCAGUAUGAAAAAAAAAAAAAUAGUUGAAAAGGAAUCUUCGAAUGUUUUUACACGAGAAAUAAUGACACGCAGGGCAAGGCAAUGGUCUGGAUGCAGCAAGGCCGCGAGCCGGUGCCGGAGUUUCCUCCACUGCACCAUGGCGCCGAGUCCGCCGACUCGGACUCCGAUCGGGAGAGCAACAGCAAACCGCGCGUCUAAAAAGCACACGCAAACACACUCCCUCACACUCUUCUUCGUUUUUAUUUCGUGUCUUACUGUCCGGAUUAUUAUUCUGGUACAUAGCAUUAUCGAUGUUUUCUUUUUUUGGUUACAAACAAAGCAGACUUUAAAAGAAAGGGAGAGAGAGAGAGAGAAAGAGAGAGAGAGAGAAAAUUAAUUGUACAUUGCUUUAAAUUGUUGUAUCGUUUCAUGACAGAUUCUUUUUGUCUUGUCUUCGAAAGUUUUUAUUACACAUGCGAUUCAACUAGCAGUUUAUAAAGCGUAAACACAUUGUAGAACUGAAGAGAUAUUAUACGGUGACUCUCCGCAAAGAGCAUCGCGUACGGAUUAGUUACUAUCGCAUACGCUGAAACAAUUUCACGAAAGCGUCCACUAUAUGCUUCACUACUCGUUUUCUUUUUUUAUAUGUAAGCUGUAUCUCUCUACGCUUUUCUGUGCCUUCUCAUCGCAUACUGUAUUGUUAUUAUUAUUACUAUAAUUUUUAUUAUUACUAUCAUUCAUUUAUAAUCCACUAUAUUUUUAAUCUUUUUCGAUUAAUAUUAUUAUUCGCAUACAGUAUAAUUUAGUAAUUAGCUGUAAAUCUCCCAAUUUUGCACUCGCUUAUUAUUGUAUACGUCCUCAUUGUCAUGAAUAUUAUAUAUCUGUAUGUGGCAACCAAUGCAGGUAUCGAGCGCGUUAUCAAACAUUCAGCCAUAUUUCUCUUUUUCGUUCCGUGCUAACAGACUAAAGAAGAUCGAACUUUGAUUAUAUCGAUGUGUUAUCGUUAUUGGGUGUGUCUUUUUUUUCCUUUUAUUGUACUCGCCAUUACACUGUGAAUUUGCUUUAUCACUGUCGCGAUAGAAAAUUAUAUGCUGAGGAUCAGAUACUGUAUAUAGAAAUUGACUUUUAUGACCGAGCGAUGAGCACGGAACUUGACAUUAAAGUUUUGCUUUCUUACAAAUGUUCAUUCACAUUCAUUUUUUUUAAACAUUGAUUUGUCUUUAUUACCCUCCCCUUAUCAUUUUAUUCCUUGAUUGCGCUUGUUACGAUUUUUUAUAUAUGUAAGUCAGACAUGCAUAUUUUGUAGCCGUUACUUGUUUUGUACUAAAAUUUAUGUAAUUCAUGUUAUUUAUUUUAUGUAUAAUACGUACUGUGAAUUUUAUUGGACUGUGAUCUUAUCUGAAUGACGUACGCGAUCUGUCCAAUCAUGUACCGUAGCAUUGUUGAAAAUAAGCGAAAGGGUAAAAAAAAUACGGCAGUUUCCGCUGGGUGCUUACGUGGAAGUUGGUUAAAGGGACAGAAGUGGCGCUGGUAGAGGUGCGUUUAGCAUAAAAUCGAUGAACUUGCAAAAUUGUUCUUUGCGGGGUCUGAUAACUUGUGAGUCUAUCUCGAUUUUAUAAAAUUUAUAAGAGAAACGAGGUACGGAUAACUUUACAAAAAAGCAGCAAGAGUCUGAUACAGUUUUAAUAAUGCGUUGCUCUUGUUGCAUUUAUAGAGUGAAUGAAGAAUUCGAAAUUAAUUAUUUAUUCGAUGAAGAGUAACGGAUAAAUAAUAACGGAUAGAGGCGGGAAAUGAAAUUACCCAUGCUGUUUGUAGACAUUUUUAAUGAGGGAUAAUUUAAUAAGUCUAGAUUUUUAUCUCGUUACUCGAUUAAGCUUUGCGAUAGUCUUCGGCAAUAUGUUGGCAAAAGGAAGCGAAGCUACCAAAGUAAAACAAAAAACUUGUAUUACUCGGCCGAACUUUACACUGCAACUUGACGUUUGCUUUCAGGAGCUGUCGCCUUGAAAUCCUUAGGAGACAAGAGCCAACAAUCACGCAGAGCAAAACAACUCUUAGAGACAGCGUACACACACAUACUGUUAAAGACAUACUAAAAUACUAAAAGAAAACACACAAAAAAAACAAAAAAAAUUAAAAAAGAAAUAAUAAUUUAAACAAACGCUCGCGCAAUCUGAUCACCCUACUAUCUGUGAUCUCAGGCUCGUCGACCACACGACGAGUUAUACGAACUAAACUCGAUAUAUUCAAUAAGCUCAUUUAAGAUUUAACGACGGACGGCCCGAAACCACUGAGCACUCGCAAUAACCCUCCCUGUACUCCCUUCUUUCCACCCCCUACCCCAACUUCCUCUUUAAAAGUUCUGUCUGCACACGCCUACUUGAAAAGAACGACGUGAUACUUAUCAAAAUGAAUCGUAUAUGCUUCCACACAGGCAAGUGUUUUUAGAUAUUAUACAUUAGUGAGAUCAUGUAUCUUACGAGUCUCGCAAAAAUACUUUGUCGAUGAUUAAGGAGAUAUCAAGAUCCAGUGAAAACCAAUCAAAUUUUCAAAAGUAAACUUAAAGAAGCGCAUGUGUAUACAUACGAAGUGAAUUCAUAUACAGUUAACUUCCCGUCAGUUUAAAUAAAAAAAAAAAAAGAAACAAAAAACGAUAAAGGAGACGUAUACGAGAAAAAAAUACAUUGUUUUUUAAAUCUUUUUAUAAGGUUUUUCAUGGCUCGAUAAUAAAAUGCAAACAAUAAAGCUGAGGUUAGAUACUCCUGGUUUCGGUGCAUCCACGGUAGACUUUUUUCAGAAAUAAAGAAAAAAAGAUUAAAUAAAACAUACGUUUAAAGUAAAAGCAGAAUAUAAAACGUAAGAGCGGAGUUUAAUGAAGCAAUGGUCCUGCGACAAGACACAACUGAUGUAUACGAUUUUUCAACAUGAAAAUAUUAUAUUAUAUAGCUAUACAUAUGGAAAAAAAUAUAAUGAAGAGGAUAUAGUCUCUAGGAAACAAAAAAAAUUUUGCGUAAAUCGUUUAAGAAACAUUGUAAUAAUUAUACAUGUAUAUAUAUAUGUAUAUAUAUAUACAUAUAUAUACACAUAUAUAUAACUUAUAUUAUCGUCACGGUUGGUUAUUACUUCAGUUAUAAUUGCCAUUAUUAUAUAUAUAUUACCACUCUAUUGUGAUUAUUAACAUUAUUGAUCUUUUAUUAUUGCUAUAUUAUUAUUGCUAUUAUUUUUUAUCGUCAUUGAUAAAAUAUACUAUUAUACGACGUGCGCAACGAGAUAAUUUUUUGAAAUGUAAGUCAAAAUUAUUUUGUACCACGAACGAAGGACAUGUACGCAUUGCAUACAUAUACACUUGAAUCCGUUCCAUGCCUGAAUAUGCGAGAAAUUAAUUUUUAUAUGAAAAAUAAUGCGAUGAACAUUGAAAAAAUCAUACUGUUUAGAUAAUUUGAUGACAAAAAGCGCGCAAUAUUAUUAUAAUUACAUAAUGAUUAUCAUUGCUAUUAUUAUCUUGAAUCAUUAACUGCAAUUAUUAAGUAGCGCGUAGAAGGAUGAUAUCCCUUUUAUUGUAUAAAAAAUGACGAAAAAAAAUUGAAAAAAGCAAAGGUGCGAUUAGGUGGUUAUCUCUAUUGUUAAUAAAUACGUCGCAUGCGAAUUGUAGUAAGGCUAAUGAUUGAUUUUUACCUAUUGGAAAGAUAAUGAAAAUCUGCUUUGAGGCCUCAUCACUUACUAUACUAUUAUACGCAUUGCAUAUAAAUCUCUCAUGUAUAUUUUGCAUUCAGCAGCUACUUUCUCGAAGCUUCAUUUUUUAAAAGAAACAUGUACCUUAGAAGAGCGCAAGGUACAAAAUCAAUUUUUGGCCUAAACGUCGAUUUCGUAGCGACAAGUACAAGUGCAUUGUUGCACAGCUAGUAUACGAGAAAAAAAUUAAAAAAAAGAUCGCCUAGUGGUCGCUGAAAGCGUAUCCUUGAACGUCCCUUAGGCAACUCUAAACCUUUAUUGAAACUAAAACAAAUGAAAAAGAUGAAGUAAAUAAAGAGAAAAUAAAAUAAAAAGGAUGAAAAAUAAUCGAGGACAUUUAAUAUUCGUGAAGUAUGCGGUAUAAAUUUAAACUAUAUUCAUAUACCCAGCGAUUUUUGAGACGAGAAAUAAAAAGAAUGCAUUGCCUAUCUAUCUUCUUCCUAACUAUACUUUUGUCAUAUGGAGUCUUAUAGGUAAAGAAUAAAAAAAAAGUGUCGCCGCUCCUUGUGCGAAUGAUGUUUCUCCAAUCUACCGCAAGUUUUUUGCAUUUACGUUUUCAUACUUUCUGAAUUGUAAACGACAUAGGGGGAAAAAGCGCCAGAUGUAAUGGAAGAAAAUCAAACUCGAACCGAGCUCCGAGCACGUGCAACUGCAAAGUCAAUCUUAAUGGUCCGAAAUUGACAUUUUUUAUUAUGCGAUUAAUAUAAUAAUAAGGAAUUUGAGGCAUCUCUGAGGGAUCGGUGAGAGUUUGGAGCGGUGUUUCGUGAUACGAAGGUAUACCACAAUGAAUCAUUGUAUCGAAUGAAAUCAUUAUGAUA